AAAAAAAAAAAAAAAAAAAAAAAGAAAAAGAAAAAAAGAAAUAAAUUUUGUAUGAUAGUUUUUUGUCUUUAUGAAACUUGAUUUGUGGCUGCUAUAGAGAAGUAAAAGGAAGAAAAACAAAACUUGAUCAAUUUCAUAGAGGUCAAAGAAGCAAGAAAAAGCAGGAUGAGCAGAAAGCACUUAAUAAGAUGAUAGAAAUAAAUCAGUAUGAAAAUAUAAAUAAACUAAAUUCUCUGGUUAAAACACAGCCAGAUAUGUUUAAAACAAAACAAGCUAACUGGAAAAAUCUAUAAUUCAUUUAUAGGAGAAACAUGAUGGUUGAAAGUCAAAGGAUGACAGAGGACAGCACCAGGUAUGGAAUAUCAAACAAAUGAUUAAAUUGACACAAGAACAUAUAGAGGCCCUAUUGGACAAAUUUGGUGGGGAGCAUAAUCCACCUUCAAUAUAUCUGGAGGCCUAUGAAGAAUACACCAGCAAGCUAGAUGCCCUCCAGCAAAGAGAACAGCAGUUAUUGGAAUCCCUGGGGAAUGGAACUGAUUUUUCUGUUUCUAGUUCUGCAUCAACGGACACCGUUACAUCUUCUUCCUCUUCUAGCCUUUCUGUGCUGCCUUCAUCUCUUUCAGUUUUUCAAAAUCCCACAGAUGCAUCACGGAGCAACCCCAAGUCACCACAAAAACCUAUUGUUAGAGUCUUCCUGCCCAAUAAACAGAGGACAGUGGUACCUGCAAGGUGUGGCGUUACAGUCCGGGACAGUCUAAAGAAAGCGCUGAUGAUGAGAGGUCUAAUCCCAGAGUGCUGCGCUGUUUACAGAAUUCAGGAUGGAGAGAAGAAACCAAUUGGCUGGGACACUGAUAUUUCCUGGCUUACAGGAGAGGAAUUGCAUGUAGAAGUGUUGGAGAAUGUUCCACUUACAACCCACAACUUUGUACGGAAAACUUUUUUCACCUUAGCAUUUUGUGACUUCUGUCGAAAGCUGCUUUUCCAGGGGUUCCGCUGUCAAACAUGUGGUUAUAAAUUUCACCAGCGUUGUAGUACAGAGGUUCCACUGAUGUGUGUUAAUUAUGAUCAACUUGAUUUGCUGUUUGUCUCCAAGUUCUUUGAACACCACCCAAUACCACAGGAGGAGGCCUCCUUAGCAGAGACUGCCCUUACGUCUGGAUCAUCCCCUUCUGCACCCCCCUCCGAUUCCCUUGGGCCCCAAAUUCUCACCAGUCCGUCUCCUUCAAAAUCCAUUCCAAUCCCACAGCCUUUCCGACCAGCAGAUGAAGAUCAUCGAAAUCAGUUUGGACAGAGAGACCGGUCCUCAUCAGCUCCAAAUGUGCAUAUAAACACAAUAGAACCCGUCAAUAUUGAUGAAAAAUUCCCAGAAGUCGAAUUACAGGAUCAAAGGGACUUGAUUAGAGACCAAGGGUUUCGUAGUGAUGGAGGAUCCACCACAGGUUUGUCUGCCACGCCCCCUGCCUCAUUACCUGGCUCACUCACUAAUGUGAAAGCAUUACAGAAAUCUCCAGGACCUCAGCGAGAGAGGAAGUCAUCUUCAUCCUCAGAAGACAGGAAUCGAAUGAAAACACUUGGUAGACGGGAUUCAAGUGAUGAUUGGGAGAUUCCUGAUGGGCAGAUCACAGUGGGACAAAGAAUUGGAUCUGGGUCGUUUGGGACAGUCUACAAGGGAAAGUGGCAUGGUGAUGUGGCAGUGAAAAUGUUGAAUGUGACAGCACCCACACCUCAGCAGUUACAGGCCUUCAAAAAUGAAGUAGGAGUACUCAGGAAAACUCGACAUGUGAAUAUCCUACUCUUCAUGGGUUAUUCAACAAAGCCACAACUGGCUAUUGUUACCCAGUGGUGUGAGGGCUCCAGCUUAUAUCAUCAUCUCCACAUCAUUGAGACCAAAUUCGAGAUGAUCAAACUUAUAGAUAUUGCACGGCAGACUGCACAGGGCAUGGAUUACUUACACGCCAAGUCAAUCAUCCACAGAGACCUCAAGAGUAAUAAUAUUUUUCUUCAUGAAGACCUCACAGUAAAAAUAGGUGAUUUUGGUCUAGCCACAGUGAAAUCUCGAUGGAGUGGGUCCCAUCAAUUUGAACAGUUGUCUGGAUCCAUUUUGUGGAUGGCGCCAGAAGUAAUCAGAAUGCAAGACAAAAACCCGUAUAGCUUUCAGUCAGACGUAUAUGCUUUUGGUAUUGUUCUGUAUGAAUUGAUGACUGGACAGUUACCUUAUUCAAACAUCAACAACAGGGACCAGAUAAUUUUUAUGGUGGGACGAGGAUAUCUAUCUCCAGAUCUCAGUAAGGUACGGAGUAACUGUCCAAAGGCCAUGAAGAGAUUAAUGGCAGAGUGCCUAAAAAAGAAGAGAGAUGAGAGACCACUCUUUCCCCAAAUUCUCGCCUCUAUUGAGCUGUUGGCCCGCUCAUUGCCAAAAAUUCACCGCAGUGCAUCAGAACCCUCCUUGAAUCGGGCUGGCUUCCAAACAGAGGAUUUUAGUCUAUAUGCUUGUGCUUCUCCAAAAACACCCAUCCAGGCAGGGGGAUAUGGAGAAUUUGCAGCCUUCAAGUAGCCACACCAUCAUGACAGCAUCUACUCUUAUUUCUUAAGUCUUGUGUUCGUACAGUUUGUUAACAUCAAAACACAGUUCUGUUCCUCAACUCUUUUUAAAGAUAAAAAAUUUUCAGUGCAUAAGCUGGUGUGGAACAGAAUGGAAUUUCCCAUCCAACAAAAGAGGGAAGAAUGUUUUAGGAACCAGAAUUCUCUGCUGCCAGUGUUUCUCCUUCAACACAGAUACCACGUGCACACAAGUCUGCCCACUCCCAGGAAGAAAGGGGAGACCCUGAGAUCUGACCUUUGGUGGUCAGGCGUGAUGGAAAGAAACUGCUGCUACAGCUUGGGAGAUUUGCUCUGGAAAGUCUGCCAGUCAACUUUGCCCUUCUAACCACCAGAUCAGUAUGUGGCUCAUCAUCUGAUGGGGCAGUUGCAGUCACCAAGCCUCGUUCUCUUUCCUGUGCUGGGAUUUCGUUGUGGAGCUCUUACCCCUAGCCACCGCCGGUUCAUUUCUGAGGGAUGGAACAAAAAUGCAGCAUGCCCCUCCCGUGUGGUACAUGUUCAGUCCUUGACAGGUUUUUAUCAAAACAAAGCUAUUUUAUGGAAAUGGAGGGCGAGAGGUGAGGAGGCAGGUUUUGGUGCCAAGGAAAAGGGAAUGCUGCAUCUUUUUCCUGACCUGCUGGCUCUCUGGCCUUUGUUUUCCUUGCUCACCGCAGGGUCUGCCCAGAGGGCAGGCUGGAAGUGCGGGCGCGUCGCCUUCUUUUCCCUUUGGGUCCAGCAAUGAAGAUAAAUGUUUGGGGAUUUUUUUUUUUUUUUUCCCCUCCACGAUGUAGCAAGUUCUCAGGAAAAUACAGUUGAUAUCUUCCUCCUAAGCUCUUCCAGUCACCGAGUAUUUAUGUGGCUACUUUGUCCAAGGCACAAAAUGCCAUGGCAGUUAUCUAAUUAAAAACCUGCAAAACUGCUUGAUAACAGUUUCGAGUGUGAGACAUUUAUGUAAUUUAAAUGUAAGGUACAAGUUUUAAUUUCUGAGUUUCUUCUAUUAUAUUUUUAUUAGAAAGAAAAUAAUUUUCAGAUUGAAUUGAAUUGGAAUAAAAGAAUACUUCCCACUAGAAUUAUAUAUCCUGAAAAAUUGUAUUUUUGUUAUAUAAACAACUUUUAAAGAAAAAUCAUUAUCCUUUUCUCUACCUAAAUAUAUGGGGAGUCUUGGUAUAAUGACAAAUAUUUAUCAUUUUUAAAUUAAUGGUACUUGCUGGAUCCACACUAACAUCUUUACUAAUAUCUCAUUGUUUCUUCCAACUUACUCCUCCACUACACCCUGCAUCUCCUUUCUAGUCUUUUAUCUAGAAUAUGCAACCUCAAAUAAAAAUGGUGGUGUCUCCAUUCAUUCUCCUUCUUCCUUUUUUCCCAAGCCUGGUCUUCAAAAGGUUGAGUAAUUUGACACCUGAAUUCCCCGGGCGGAGAAUAGAGCACUUUUAGGUGUAUUGGGACUGAGAGAGGAUGUGUAAAGCCUAACGUCAGUUGUUUUUAUAGAAGGAACUGCUGUGGUGUUAAGAACCUCAUUCUUUGUAAAUGGAGAACACAGCCUAGCAUACCUUCCCGUGGCCUUUGCUAAGGCGCGGUCUGAGUCCCAGUCGCAGCAAAGAAAGUGACUCAGGAUGUAUUACUGGCAAAUACCUCCCUUACCACGAGUCUAGACUCUUAAUUAAAUCAAGAUUUAGGAAUGUGAAUCGAAUCCAAUGUAUCUAGCUCAACCAAGUUAUGUAGCCAAGGACCUGAAAGAAGUCAGACAGGACCUAUAAAGUAAAUCAGGAAGUCAGAAAUUAUUUAAAGUUUUAAAAUUAUAACUCGCCCUCCUAUCUUUCAGCCUACUAAAGCUUACUGCCAUUUGAUGGUUUUUGCUACAAUAUCUAUAUUCAGAAGAAGGCAAAUUGAAAAUUCCAUGGACCUAUAAAAAGAUUGUCCCAGUAAAAUGGAAAACAUCCUGAAGUUAUUAAUGAGUGUGAAACAGUAUGUUCUUAAGUCUUACAUGAGCAGAGCAAUAUCUUACAGAAUUCAGAAAUUGCAAAAAUGAAAAUGAUUCAUACUGACUUGAAGAGCACCUUGUGAACAUAAUGCUGCCUCUCUUUUAAAAGCAUUGUUUAUUUUUCUUUUUAAACUAUGUCCCCAUAGAUGCUUUUGAACAUGCUUGUGUUUCCUAAGAUUGGAGAGAGCUGGUUUGGGAGACUACGCAUGUCCUGCCAGAGGCUCUAGUGCAAGACCCCCUCGCUUUGGCAGGAGCCAGCACAGGAGCUAGUUAUGGAGGAAGCUUAGCAUUGAUGAUUUCAAUACAGAAUUCAAGGUGAUACAAUUUUUUUUUCCCUUUCUUUUUAGAAUAGGUUGCUGUCAAAGGGGAACGAGCUUGAUCUCAAAUGAAGUGUACCCAGAAGCCAGGCUCAGGGUAUUCUUGAGAGAGUUUUUUAGAGCCCUUAAAAAAAAUAACACUUUAGCAUUUCCCUGUUCUUCCUUUUCUCUAUCAAAUACUUUUUUCUCUAGUUUACAAAGGACAUGGAAAAGGAAUUUCCUCUGAGUUGUACAUGCUGUUUUCGAUGCUUAGACUACAGAUAGACUUGUUGAGCUCCUAAGAAAAUACAAGGAAGAACUCCUUGUUGUGCAGAGCACUUUACGAGAACUUUGUAUAAAUAGUAUGUGGCUGCUUCACUGUCUUGUAAGGCUGUACUUCUCUGUCUUUCCCGUAAGGCGGCUGCAGUGCCUUCUGUAGUGUAUUUUAGAUAAGGAGAGGUGAAGCCUUCUGAGAAAUUUGAGAGCAACCAUAAGAGAUCAUUUUAAAAUAGGUAGUAUUCCUGUAGACUUAUCAUCAUUAAACUAGUCUAGGGUCUAAACUUCUGCCACUGAAAUAACAUUGACCAAAAAAUAGUUUAUCAAAGGGAUUUGUGAAUAUAAAACCCAGUGUAGUCAUUGGACUUACAGGCACCUUAAAAGAAGACUCUGUCUAGCCGUCAAAUUCUGGUUCCUUAACAUCCAGUCUCUGAUGAUGCUUGAGAUCCCAUGGGACAUACUGGGGCAAGCAGAGAAGAUAAAAUCUCAUAUACUUGAGUGUGUUCUGUUUGUCCGUGUCGGAGAGGAAGAGCAUUAUGUAGUCAUAAAGACUUCGGGGCUUCAACACCGUCAACCCGAAACUUUGUAAAUAUUUUCUAGACUGUCGGGUGCCGUCGCAGCUCUUUAUCACACGGUGUUAUCUUUUACUCACCAGGCAGAGUUGGAGGCGCUGCAGGCCCUCCUCGGCUCUCACCUCCCCUUCUGUCCAGUCAGCGCUCCAGCCUUGUGCAGACCUCAUCUAGCUUUAGUUUGCAGGGUUCAGGUGACCUCUUCAAAAACUACCUCCUCAGACUGAGGUAAUGAAUAGUUAUUUAUUUUAAAACAUGGAAAGUCAGGAGCUCUAGAACGUGAAGAUGAUUUAAGAUUUCAGCUUUUCUGUGUACUCGUAUUUGAGCACUCUCAUUUUGUCCUAAAGGGCGUUACACAUUGAAGCAGUAAUGCUGAGAAGUGUAGCUCGGAGUAUCUGAAUGUUGAACGUGGUGCCAGAAUCUGUUUAGGGCUACGUUUCGGAAUCUUAACCUCAUAUCGGUUGCAUGAAAUUAAAUAGUUAUGGUUACCACUUCACUAACAGUGAUGUAAUUUUAAUUUUCAGGAGGCUUGGCAAGACAGUACAUCUUCAUACUGAGUUAGCCACAGCGUCUCACGUGCACAGAUGCUCCUAUAGAGACUGCCCAGUUAGGAGGGUAGAGUGAUUACUCAUUUUGCAAGAUUGUCCUCUCUGUCCAAAUUGGCACUGAUAGUGCUCACCUAUCAGCACUUUGAGACGAGCAGAUUUCCAGUCAUUAGGGUGUUAAAAAACAAAAACCCCAUCAUAGCCAGACAGGUUUCCUGUGAGUAUAAACAGCAACUAGCUCAUCCAUUGAAAUGGUGUAGGUAAGGCUCUAGAAAAAUAACCUUGACAAUUUGCCAAAUGAUCUUACUGUGCCUUUAUGAUGCAAUAAAAAAGCUAAAAUUUUAGCAGAAUCAGUGAUUUGUGAAGAGAGCAGCCACCUUGAUCUAACUCAGCUGUGUUAAUAUUUUUUAGCGUGCAAUUUAGACUGCAAAGAUAAAUGCACUAAAGAGUUUAUAGCCAAAAUCACGUUUAAAAAAAAAAAUGAGAAAACACACAGGUAAAUUUUCAGUGAUCAAAACUAUUUUUUUAAAGUACAUAAUCCCUAGUGUAGUCAAUAUAUUUAUCCCAUAGACCAACUAGGUUGAAAUCAUAAUUCAGCGACAUUUCUAGAGAAACUUUUUCUACUCCCAUAGGUUCUUCAGAGCAUGGAACUUUUAUAUAACAUGUUUGACAGACAUUCUAAGAAACUGCUAUAGUUUAGGCUUGAAGUACUGUAUGCUGGGCAGCAGUCAUGUAAAACUAGUGAGAAGAGGGAAAUUAACACAUAGGACAGAAUUUGAUUUUAUCAGUCCAGAGUACUGCUGCCAACCUAGACACUGAUUUUUCAGUUCAAAAUGUAAACCUGUCUCCCGGGACGACACAUUAAGUGGGACUGUCCUGCUAAUGCUGUUCAGGGUGCUCUGGGGCCAGGCAAGGUCUCCAGAGGCUCCUCUCUGAGAAGACAUUGGAAGAGCCAGUGACCUGGCUGGUAGGUGUGAACUGGACACACUCCCCAGUGUGCUUCUUGUAUCUUCUUUCCUCGUCACCCCCAAGAAAGGCUUCCGCGAGUUCUCUAGACUUUUUACUAAGGUGUGUCACUAAUGCCUGUAGGUUGCUGAGCCCCCGAGAAGCGCAGUAGCAUCUCGGCCUGACUGUGCGUUGGCCAGCGGAGAGGGAGGUGGCCAGUGAUUGUGUUCCGUGUUGCUAGCUCUGGUAAAUAGAAACUGCUGGUAAGAUUUUGGUCUUGUCAGUACACUAGAGAGUAAGUUUUGUUUUGUUGUUUCUAGAGAAUCAGUUUUCACUGCUAUUUGGGAAAACAUUUCCAUUCAAUUUCAGUCCUGAAUUUUGCCAGCUGUGGUCAUUAACAGUUUCUAUCAGGUAUUUUUAAGGUAGAUGAGGACAGAAACCGAAGUCCUGACCUAAUCUUAUAGAAACAGUGGUUUAUUUACAGCAGUUAGGGGUGGUUAGUCUCUACCUCAGAAAAGUGAUUGUGCAUCUUUUAUUUCAACAUCCACAACUUCAGCUGUUGUUUUUAGUUUUGUUAACCUUUUGACCCCCCUUUACCCAACUGUUUAGUUUUUUUAAUUAUUACUAAAUUGGUUUCAUUAAAAUGUCUGAUUUUAUCUAGAUAUUUUGACUGAUUACAGUGACAUGACCAGUUGUGCAUGAGGACACAACCAGUGUGUCUGUUUCAUUUGUAAUGCUUUUUUUUAAAAAAGAAUUUUAUAGAUUGAAGUACUCUAUGAAAAACAAAUAACUUUAAUAUGUUUAUUCAUGUUACUAUCACAAAAAAGGAGGGGGGGUUGUGCAAACUCUCUGCUUCUCCUGGCAGGCUGAGCACAUCGUCCAGCACCCACCAGUGGCUGGUUCUCAUCACGGGAUGUAUGUAGGGAAUCAAAAAUCGAGCAUAAAAUUCACUUAAGAAAUAAAACAGAGAAAAGGUUCUGUUUACAGGAAUGGAGAUGGGGGUUAAGAGUAAGUUGCAUAGUAAGUUGGUUCUGUUUUGAAAAUUGUGUUACAUUUGUGUGUUCAGCCUUUUUUAACCCACUUGUGUUUUGGUGCAGUAUGUGUUACCUAGGAGGAAACUUCAGACUAGCAGAAGCAACAAAGCUCAGAGACUAGGCACAAGUGUAGACAAAAUGGACCAAAAUGGGAGGGGGGUGGGUAAGGGAGUACGUCUAGGGGUAGGAAAAAUUGAUGUGAGGGUGGGAAAUAAACUACAAUUACCUGAAAUAAAAUGUAAGAGUGCAAUAAGUGUGCUUUUUAUUCUAAGCUGUGAACGGGUUUUUUAAAAAAAUCAUUCCUUCCUAAUACAUUUUGCGUGUGUUUCGUAGCUGAUUAACGCCAGCUAUGGGAACAUAUAAUGCCUUUUUAUUCAUGUUAAUUACCAGUAUAAAUGGCUAACCUUUCUGUCUUAUUUAUCUUCAUGUUAUAUUAGUUUACAUACAGGGGUUGUGUGUUUAUGCUGUAACUGUUCCCUCCUUCGUUUGAAAGACUCUCUUGGGUCCUCUGCGUUUCCUUCGGCCACAGGUUUGCGUCCCAGCCUGGCCUUCGUGCUGUCGCCUGAUUUGCAGGAUCUGUGUCUCAUCUGUUGGUUGUGUACUCUCACCCUUUCCUCACUUGGGUGUCUCCUAUAAUUGGAACGUACACCUAUGAGGAGAAUGUUUGACAUGUGUUCCUUUGAGUUCUGUUUAGUAGUUAGGAUUGCUCUUUGGUUUGGACCAAGAAAAGGAAAUCACCCCCCUUUUCGCUUAUUUCUUGGUUUGAGGACAGUUCUUCUACAAGAGAGAGGAAAGUGAAAUCCUUCAUGUUUUAUCUGCAGUGGGUUCAUGGCCCCAGGUUACUCCUCUGAACCUUGGGGUGAUUCACACACACAUCCUCUCCUCUCUUGCUGCCAAAGGUUUGGGUUUAGUUUGCUUCAGUUCCGCUCAAGCAUUGAGAAGGUUCUCAUGGAGUCUGGGGUAUGCCCAGUAAAAAGAUGGGGACCUUUUAAUUGUCCACAGACCUCUGUAUACCUGCUUUGCAAAAAUUACAAUGGAGUAAUAUUUUUAAAGCUUAUUUUUCAAUUCAUAAAAGAAGAAUUUAUUUUCAGUCAAAUGGAUGACAUCUCCCUUUUGUCCCUUAAUCCUCGAUGUUUGCUUGUUUUUUUUGUUGUUGUGGUUGGUUUUUUUUUUCAAUUCUUCCCCAUGCCCACUUCUUGAUACCUUGGGUUCUCUUUCCUGCUCAGGUCCCUUCAUUUGUACUUUGGAGUUUUUCUCAUGUAAAUUUGUACAAUGGAAAAUAUUGUUCAGUUUGGAUAGAAAGCAUGGAGAAUUAAAUUUUAAAAAAGAUAGCUGAAAUUCAGAUUGAAGAAAUUUAUUCUGUGUAAAGUUAUUUAAAAACUCUGUAUUAUAUAAAAGGCAAAAAAGUUCUAUGUACUUGAUGUGAAUAUGCGAAUACUGCUAUAAUAAAGAUUGACUGCAUGGAGAA